AUGAACGAGAGUGAAGUCAUAGAAUGCGCAGAAAAGAAUGAAGGAUACGAUGAUGCACGAUUUGCGCUAGUGGUUUAUAUUGGUACACCGAUUGCAUUCAUUGGGACUCUUUUCAAUGGAAUACUACUAAUUAUAUUUUGUCAUAAAAAGUUAUUGAAUUCGCCUGAUUUUUAUUUACUAUUUUUGGCUAUAUUCGAUAUGCUCAUUUGUGUCCUUUACAUGCCAUUUUUUACCAUGGAUGCAUUGGCUAUUUAUUAUCAAAUUAAUUCAUUUCAUCACUUAUGGCAUACUUACGUUAUGCAAAUAUACUGUAUGAGUCGAUUUGUACAAUUUGGUGCCGUAUAUAUGAUGUUAUGCGCAACAUUUGAACGUUUUGUGUACAUUUCCAGUAAACGAUGUCUUAGCUGGUUUAUUACCGAUAAUGGACGACUAAUAACUGUAAUUGUUGCACUGAUUAUAUCACUAAUAUCCCGAUCUCCAACUUUUUUCGAUUACAAAAUCGUUUACCGCGCGAAGUGCCCACCUUUUCAGGACUAUCUGUUUCUACCAGUGCUAAUGAGAUAUUCAUUAUAUGCGAAAUUUAAUUUUUACAUGAUGAGUAUUGUGCAAACAAUAGUACCAUUUAUAUUACUUACUUGCUUCAAUGUAGUUAUCAUAUAUUUAACUCAUAGACGACUUUAUAAGACUUCAUAUGGCAUGGAAUUUCAUGUGCUCGGGUUUACUAAUAUUACCAGACAAGAAUCGGAAAGUCGUAAAAUUUGUCAAGAACUGAAAUGUGCUACCCGUACAAUGGUUGCGAUUGUGUUUACUUAUUUAACUUGUAAUGUUUUUUCCGUCUUUAUGUCCGUAAUGGAAAAUGUCUUUCCGGAAAGUUCACUGCUUAUUGAUAAUUAUGGAUCAAGUACAAAAUUUUACACCAUAGCAGCUGAUUUGGUAAGUAUUUUGGUAGUGUUGAACAGCUUAUUGCGAAUGAUUAUCCAUAUGACAUGCAAUCCACAGUUUCGAGAACGAUUCAAGCUGCUGCUAGUCCAAUUCAGGUUUUAA